AUGGCUGCGAACUUCGUCUUCCUCCUCUGUAUAGCUUUGAUUCUCGCCGCUAGUAAGGUUGAUGGAGAGGCAGAAGUUUCCUCGAUCUCGAUCUCGAAUUCGAAUUUGACAGUCACCAAUAUUGCCAAUGUUACUGAUUCCAAAAACAUGACCGGUGAUGAUACAAAAUUGGGAGAUGGAUCUAACACGAAGCGUAGUGAUGGAGAUAGUAGUAGUAGCAAGAGCAGUGAAGGGAAUAGAGGAAAUGAUGAAAGUGAAAGCUCUAAGGAGGAGGAAGAAGCUAUAAGCAAUUCUUCUUCAAGGAAGAAACAUGGCGAAGAAUGUGAUCCGUCUAAUAUGUGUACAGAUAAGGAGAAUCAGUUUGUCGCUUGCCUGCGAGUUCCUGGUAACGAUGCUCCUCAUCUCUCACUCUUGAUUCAGAACAAAGCGAAAAAUGCUUUGGUUGUGACUAUAACUGCACGAAGUUUCGUUAAGUUAGAGAAGAACAAAGUUGAGCUCCUCGAAAACCAAGACACAAAGGUGAAAGUCUCUAUCAGGAAGGGAGGGUCUAACGAUAGCGCAAUCGUUCUAACUUCCGGUAAAGGCCAUUGCAGCCUUGAGCUAAAGGAUUUGGCAGGAGCACACGAAACAGGAAACGACGAUGACACAGUCGCUGUUUCACGUCCUUCGAUCUUUAAUAUGCGUCCGCGAACACUCAUUGUCAUCAUCAUGAUCGCUUUCCUCGUUCUCUCUCUUGUCAUCAUCCCAACGAUCAUCCACGUUUACAGGAACAAGUCGUCGCAGGGAAACAAGAAGUACCAGAGGCUCGACAUGGAGCUGCCAGUGUCUAACACCGGACUGGUGACGAAACCGGAGCAAGAGACGGGUGGUGAUGACGACGGAUCAUGGAACAAUAACUGGGGAGAUGAUUGGGACGAUGAGAAUGGAGAUGGUGAUGAGGAACAGCCGAAUACUCCGGUUUUACCACUCACGCCGAGCGUUUCUUCGAGAGGACUUGCUUCGAGAAGACUCAGUAAAGAAGCGUCAAGUGAGGCGCCGCCGGAGACCACCACGUUGCAGUGUCAAACGACGUCGUCACAAAGCUCACGUGGUGGGGACCACUAUUCGGCUGUCAGCUGGCACGUGCGCUCAUGUGCACACGAGAAACUUCUCGCCUUCUUAACUCGACACGAGUCCUUCUUGUCUCUCUGA